GGAAUCUGGGUUCUGCUCUGCAUUCAACUGCUGGCUUAAGUCAAGACAUAGGAAAUCACCUCCUCAAUAGGAAAAGUUAUUGAGAAAAAAGUGACUUGGGCUAAAUUGAUAUGUAAUGGGAAUGGCGAGAACAUGCUUGCGGGCGCCAAAUGCCCUUGAGCCAACGCGGAGCAGGAGGAUAAUUCAGUGCUAAGCGAGCGCCGCAAACCAAACGAAACCGGCGACUUUCAAUUAGCAAAACAGGGGCGGAGCUAUAUUUGCAUAAGACCUCCCCUCGCUCCCUGUUUUCCCAGUUCCCAGCAGCACUAUAUGAGCUUUCCCAGGCAGUGACUCAGGCAGACUGUCAGUUGGAGAGCUGCGCCCAGGAAGGCGAAGAGGCACCCGGAGAGCCCUGCCCGUCACUCUGCCGCCGCUCGCCGUUGCCAGGCCCUGAAACCCGCCGCCAUGGAGACCCCCGGGCAGAAGAGAACCACCCGGAGCGGGGUCAACUCGACCCCUCUCUCGCCGGCCCGCAUCACCCGCUUGCAGGAGAAAGAGGACUUGCAGGAGCUCAACGACCGCCUGGCCGUCUACAUCGACAAGGUGCGCUCGCUGGAGUCGGAGAACGCCGGCCUCCGCCUGCGCAUUUCCGAGUCCGAGGAGGAGGUGAGCCGCGAAGUCACCGGCAUCAAGUCGGCCUACGAGGCCGAGCUCGCCGACGCCCGCAAGACGCUGGACUCGGUGGCCAAGGAGAGGGCGCGCCUGCAGCUGGAGCUCAGCAAAGUCCGGGAGGAGUUCAAGGAGCUCAAGGCCAGGAACACCAAGAAGGAAGGGGACCUGCUGGCUGCCCAGGCCCGCCUGAAGGAUGUCGAGGCCCUGCUGAACUCCAAGGAAGCUGCCCUCACCACUGCUCUGGGGGAGAAGCGGAACCUGGAAAACGAAGUCCGUGAUCUGAGAGCCCAGGUGGCCAAGCUGGAAGCGGCUUUGGCUGAGGCCAAGAAACAGCUUCAGGAUGAGAUGCUGCGGCGGGUCGAUGCUGAGAACAGGCUGCAGACUGUAAAGGAGGAGCUGGAAUUCCAGAGGAACAUUUACAGCGAGGAGCUUCGCGAGACCAAACGCCGCCAUGAGACCCGCCUGGUGGAGAUUGACAGCGGUCGCCAGCAGGAGUUUGAGAGCAAGCUGGCCGACGCCUUGGUGGAUCUGAGAGGCCAGCAUGAAGCCCAGAUCCAGCUCUACAAGGAUGAGCUGGAGAAGACUUACAGCGCCAAGCUGGAGAACGCCAAGCAGUCUGCCCAGAGGAACAGCAGCAUGGCGGGGGCGGCCCACGAAGAGCUGCAGCAGACCCGCAUCCGCAUCGACAGUCUGUCCGCUCAGCUCAGCCAGCUGCAGAAGCAGCUCUCAGCCAAGGAGGCCAAACUGCAAGACCUGGAGGAUGCUCUCGCCAGGGAAAGGGAAACCAGCCGCCGCAUCCUGUCCGAAAAGGAGCGGGAGAUGGCUGAGAUGCGGGCUCGCAUGCAGCAGCAGCUGGACGAGUACCAGGAGCUGCUGGACAUCAAGCUGGCCUUGGACAUGGAGAUCAACGCCUACCGCAAGCUCCUCGAGGGGGAGGAGGAGAGGCUGCGCCUCUCCCCGAGUCCUUCUUCCCAAAAGUCCGGCGCCAGGACCCGGAUCUCCCACUCAUCCAUGCAGAGCUCUUCCAAGAAGAGGAAGCUAGAGGACGGAGAGAGCCGCACCAGCUUCUCACACCAUGCCCGGACCAGCGGCCGUGUGGCUGUGGAGGAAGUGGACCUCGAAGGGAAGUUUGUCCGUCUCAGGAACAAGUCUAAUGAGGACCAGUCUUUGGGGAAUUGGCAAAUCAAGCGCCAGAACGGAGAGGAGGCCCCCAUCUGCUACCGGUUCCCUCCUAAGUUCACCUUGAAGGCUGGGCAGGUUGUUACAAUCUGGGCUGCUGGUGCUGGGGUGACCCAUAACCCCCCUUCGGAUAUGGUGUGGAAGAACCAAAGCUCCUGGGGAUCUGGGGACAGCCUGCGCACUGCACUUUUCACUUCCACUGGAGAGGAAGUGGCCAUGAGGAAGCUGGUGCGCACUGUAGUUGUUGAGGAUGACGACGAAGAGGAUGACGAUGAAGUUGGCAUCCGCCGCCACCAGCACCACCACAGCCACUGCAGCGCCACCGGAGACCCUGGCGAGUACAACCUGCGCUCCCGCACGGUGCUGUGUGGAACUUGCGGGCAGCCAGCGGAGAAGGCCGGCCCCACCAACGCUGCCACCGGCGCCAUGUCCUCUGGCUCUUCCUCUUCCAGUGUCACCGUCACCCGUGCUUACCGCAGCACAGGAGGGACUGCCCUUGGGGAGAGCCUGCUACCCAGGUCUUACAUUCUGGGCAAUUCCACCCCACGCCAGCAGGGUCCUCAAAACUGCAGCAUCAUGUAAAUCCGCUUGAUUUCUCCCCCCAACCAUGUUCACUGCCCAAAUAUACAAUGCUAUUCGGUCCUUAUUGUGUACACAGGAGGAAAAAAAGAGCGAAAAACGUUUUUAAAGAAUUUAUUUUCUAUGGCAAGAAUUUAUACUUAUUAUAUAUAUAAAACGCUAAAGAUGCUUCAGGGGUUUUUUAAGGAAAAAAAUCUUUUUUUCUAUAACAAAAAAAAGGCUUUAAUUUUUUUUUUCUUUUUUAAAAAAAGAACCAAGCCAAAGAGAUUGUAUUGUUGGUGCCAAAAAAAGAGAGAAAAAUGUUAGUUUAAUAUCUCUAUAUAUAGGUAUAGAUGUAUCUUUUUCUUUGAAUACCAAAGCUUGCUAUUUGUUAAAAAAAAAAUAAUAAUGAGAAAAUAGUUCCCAGAGAAAGGCCCCCUCUAGGGAACGGUGCUUCCUGGGGCUGAAUUCUGGCCUUUUGCACUUAAUCUGUGGGAUGUAUUGAAGAGGCAAAGGCCUCCACGACUUACUUUAGCUAGCGGUGUCUUCAGCUCACAACUGCCCCUGAGGCAGAACCCUGUUUCAUCCCUAGUGUGGACCCUCUAAAUUCUUGUUUACACCUUGAGGGAGGCUUGGGGGACCCAUUUAUUCAUAAAUGUUACAGACCUUUGGGUUCAAAAUCCAUAAGGAGCAGCACAAAACAUUUAAUCUGGCCUAGGUUAUCCAAGAUGGAUUCCCUCUUGCUUUCGAGACCAGGUUUUAAAACACUACGGGGGGUGGGGGUGGAAUAGUGGUAAGAGUCAUGCAGGCUAAACUCCAAAGCGUCCUUAAAAUCCCAACUGCUGCCGAUUCUGAUUUUUCUGCCCCUUCCCUUUCAAGAAAGACACCUGUGUUGACCCCAGUCACUCCUAAUCCGAUUAGCUGCAUCUAAACGAGGUGUAUUUGCACUUUCUGAAAUCUGCAUUUUAAAUCUCCACCCCUGAAGAAGACCUAGAUGCUGUCUGGAUUUGUGCCUUCAGUGGCUCUCGACAGUUUUAUGCGGAGGGGACAUAAUGCCCCUCCCACCCUGCUUCUCCUUCAAGGAAAAUAGAUCUUGAAAAGAAAUGCCUUAUUUUGGAAAUCAGGAUUUGAACCUCUCGCUUGGGUCGCUGGGGUUUUUCCUAGCAAAGACCAGCAGAGGGAGCUUCAAGCUCCUCUCUCCCCUGCUUUGCUUGAGCUGCAGCCGCGCUGUUAUCUUUCCCCGCUCCACGCCACUCGCUUAGCUGCAGUAGCCACUAUUGAUGCUCUCGGGUUGAUUUUUUAUGUACUGUAUGUUCUUCGGUGGCACUUUGGAGGGUGGAAAAAGGGAAAGUGAGAGAAUGUAAGUCAAACUAACCAAGAUGUGCCUUGCUGGGAAGAAGUGACGUUCAUAGGCUGGGAGUUAGAGGCAAGAGAGACAAGAGGACAAGAACCCAGAAGCUGCCUUCAGUUAGCUAGUUUAUUUUUUUUCUCCUGGAGGUGUUUUCAUUUAAGAGAAAGCGAGCGAGACCGCGAGCCUUUCUUUCAGUUUCGGGACCAGGCACUUUUCAAAGGCUGUCAGAUUUAGCACAAGCGUCAGACUUUUGAGUUGUGGUGGCAACUCAGUAGCUCUCCCUCUCCGCAGCUCUGUUGUGGAAAGACAGUGCUUCACGUGAGCAGGGGUUCUUUUAGUGUGAGAGCUCCCUACCAAAUAGCAUGGGCUCCUUUCUCAAAAUGAUGGCAUCAUGGGAGUGUGUUGUGGGGGGGUGGGCUUCUCCUCCCUGCUGUUAAUGGAGCUGCAUUGGUGGGGUUGUUUCCUUCUGGAAAUCAGGCCCAGCAAAGAUUCUCCCCCCCCCCCCAUUUCCCCUCUCCUCCUCAACACAAAGCAGGUAGUGAGGUCCCAGAUCAGUUCCUAGCGUUUCAGAUCAGCUUCUCACUUUGGUUUUGGAAGAUAACAGGUUCAGGGGUUAGGAGCUCAACUUUUUAGGGUAUGUUUUGAUGAAGAUGGGGAGCAGGGACACAAACUCUUUCCUUGGGGAUAGCCUCUGCAGUGAUCCAGCAGAGUGCACACCCAAAACUGGUCCCUGCUGGGUUAGGAGGAUUUGGAGGGGGGGGGGAAUGGAACUGGCGCCCUCUUUUGUGCUUCUGAAACCUGUUUGACCAGAGCCAGCAGUGGCACCGAAGGAAUGUGUGCAAACUCGCCCCCUCCACCCCCAUGGACAGUCAAGACUCUCCCUUCAACUUCUUUUGAGUGGGUUGGCAACUUGGCAACAUGGGCUGCAGCCUUAAUUUGUCAGGGGGGAGUUCAAGGUGGCCUAGACCCCUGCCUCCCCCCCCCCCACAACAGAUGGUGAUUAGCACAAUCUUUCGAGCACUUCCAAUUAGUGGCCGCAACAUCGAAAGCUCUGCUAACGGCUUUUUUUGCAGCAGGAACUCCUUUGCAUAGUAGGCCAUGCCCCUCUGAUGUAGCCAAUCCUCCAAGAGCUUACAGUAGGCCCUGUAAGAAGAGCCCUGUCAUCUCUUGGAGGAUUGGCUACAUCAGGGGUGUGUGGCCUAAUAUGCAAAGGAGCUCCUGCUAAAAAAAAAGCCCUAGCUGUGUAUGUGCAGAGGUAUGCACGGCAAGGAUCCUCUUCCCAAACAACAGCUUGGCGCGCCACGUUUCAAACGAUUUCCCCCACCCCAGACUCGAGUGUUUUAAAAAGCAGCGCCGCCUUUGUGGCACCAGAAUUUACAAGGAAGGGGAGCCCGUCCGCCCAGGCGCAUCUUCUUGCAUGCUGCUCUCAACUGCAGCAGAGUCUUUUACUCAGGAAAACCACGACAAGGGUGGUUAAUGUCUAGCCUUGCCCUGUGCCACUUUUCCAGCUGCAGGCGGCAGCCGCUUGCACCCAUGUUGCAUCGCAUCUGCACUGUGGCCUUAAUUCUGGGGCGGGGGGAAGGGCUUGGUACAAAGAGCCACGCCCUAACAGGCAAAAACACUCUAGGCUGCCACUGACCUCCUUCUCCCCUGUUCGUCUUGUCGCCCGGCAUGUAGCUGCCCCAGCUCUGACCUCUUUCCGCCCUUCCUGGCAAGGGGCCAUUGCCCAGAAACCAGUUCUCCAGGGGAAGCCACUUCUUUUUCCUGUUCUACCGCUAAUUUUGGAUGCUGUGAGGUGGGUCCGAUGAGGCCUGCUUUGCUGAGACUGUUGCAAUAUUUUUUUCCUGUAUUUUCUUAAAACCAAUACAGUUAAGGAAAUCUA